AUGGCGACGCCUUAUCGCAUCGGCACGCCCGGCACGCCAUGGGGCGACAAGGAGCGCGCCGACUGGCUGGCCUCGACCGAGGUGCAGCGCUCCUACACCGCCGACGUGCUCGACAAGCUCACGGCCCUACACGACCGCUUUGAGGUUCGGGAGUACGGCGCGCUCUCGGGGCCGAGCAAGGCUUGGCCGAGAGAUCGGUACCCGCUCUUCUCGGUCAGAACAAAGGGCUGGUCCGCAGCCAAGCCGAGCGUGCUGGUGACGGGCGGAGUUCACGGCUACGAGACGAGCGGCGUGCAGGGGGCGCUCCAAUUUUUGCACACGCUGCCCGACCGGUUCGUCGAGCGCUUCAACCUGCUCGUCUGUCCAUGCGUGAGCCCCUGGGGGUACGAGACGAUCCAGAGGUGGAAUGCGUUUGCCGUGGACCCCAACCGUUCCUUUGCGGAUGGGAGCUCGGAGGAGUCCAAGGCACUGAUCGAGCUCGUGGCGUCCAUGGAGGUUGAGCGGUGGCUGGUCCACGUGGACCUGCACGAGACGACCGAUGCGGACAAGCUGGAGUUCCGCCCUGCAAAGUUCGCGCGCGAUGGCCUCGCUCUCGACGCCGCCGGUGCCUACUUUGUCUCUGCGAUCCCCGACGGCUUCUACGUGGUUGGAGACUCUCUCAACCCGCAGCCGUCCUUCCAGGCCGCCGUGAUCGACGCGGUCAAGCGCGUGACGCACAUUGCGCCGCCGGACGAGGCGGGCAACAUCAUCGGCUCGCCAAUAGUGCAGGAGGGCGUGAUCAACUAUCCCGUGAAGGAGCUUGGCUUGUGCGCGAGCGUCGCUGCCGCCGCGUACUGCACCACGACCGAGGUGUACCCCGACAGCCCGCGAGCGAGCGACCAGAUCUGCAACGACGCGCAGGUUGCCGCAAUCACUGGCGCGCUCGAUUUCCUGUUGAACGAGGGCAUCACGUGA